CUUUUCUCUAUGAGUUUUUCGAACUUUGUUUUUAUUUUAAUGUUUUUACGAAAUCUACGAAAAAGAAAGCCAAAACUGCAAUUAAUCCGCUCUUAUCUGCAAACUUUAAUCACUAUGCAUUAGUGGUGUAUUUGUGUUUAUGAAUUAAAAGUUCCACAUUAUUCAAAUAAAUGGAAUCCCGGGUACUUGACAACAUACUGAGUUUGCUCCUCAACUUUAUGUUCCCGCUCAAAAUGCUGCUUCGUGCCUACUCACUGUGCAUCUUGCUGAUUGACAUAGCGUGGGUGGUGGUCAAUGCCAUCUGCGCUAUAUUCCAAUCAACUUAUGAGCUCUUCAAACCUCCACCACUAAAAUCGGUUAAACUGGAGACUGCCCUGAUAAUUGGUACCGGAAGAGGAGUGGGCCGUGAGCUUGCGAUCCAGAUGGCAAACCUAGGCGCAAUAGUAAUUUGUGUCGACAAAAACCAGACCAACAACCAAGAUACUGUUGAUUUCAUCAAAAGCAAAGGCGGUUCAGCUAUCAGCUACCUGUGUGAAAUAACCAGGAAAGACAAUGUGGACGAUUUGGCAGCCAAAAUAAAGAAAGAACUGGGAUUUGUCAGCAUGCUCUUCUAUUGUUGCGGAAUUCCCAGUCCAAGGUCUUUGUUGACGAAGCCACCUCAAGACAUUCAUGAGACUUUGGACCUUACGCUAACUUCUUAUUACUGGCUCAUAGAUCAAUUCAUGCCAGUCAUGAAAGCUAAAAACCACGGCCACAUUGUAGCAUUGACAUCAGUAGCUGGCCUGAGCUACAUUAAAGAUCAGAUACCACUAAGCGUCGCGCAGUUUGCAGUACAGGGCCUGGCCGAAUCUCUGAUGGAAGAUCUGAGGAUGAACAAGAUUGAUGGAGUUUAUGUCACUCUUAUACAUAUCUACCCAUUCAUUGUUAACAAUGAUAACACUGACUUGAGACUGAGAAUACCAAGCUACUUCGGCACGAUAACGGCGUCGCAGGCCGCAGAAUCCAUCUUGGAUAGCGUGCGGCGUUCGCGCGCAGAAGCAUCAGUACCAAAACGGUUGCUUGGUCUCGCGCGCCUGUUGCGAGUGUUGCCACGCCGCGCUACUGCCUUGCUGCGAGACUUACUUGACACCGGCGUGGACUUCGCGUGACAGUCGCGUGUUAACUUAGAGCCCUCGCCCACGGCGACUUUUUGUAGCGAUGCAGUUGUACUGCUGUAGCGCUUUAGUAGCGCGUUGGCAUCACUUCUGUAGUGCGUUGCAAAUGCGACUAACGCGCGUUAGUAGCGAUGCGAAACGCACUCGUUUACGAAACGCCGUGUGGGCGAGGGCCCUUAGCAUAUUAUUAUACAAUUUAGCCACCAAUGAGAUUUGUGGGUCUCAGUGCUGCAAAGUUAGUCAAUAUUGAGGCCAAAACUUGUUUUAAGAAAAUUACUAUCUAGAAUUUGAUGUGGAGCUUGGACUUUGUCUCUGUAAGGUCAAUGAUAGUUAAUUUAUCAUAAACAACAAAAACCCUUCUUAAAAGCAUAAGUGAAAAUGAGAUAAGCAUUUAAUUGAAAAGUUUAAUUAUUGUAAGAGACUGAAUAUUUGUAUUUUAAUGGUUGCAUUUGCUAUUAGAUAAGAUAUAGGUAUAUAUUUUAUAUGAUGUUUAUAUUUUACUAGACAAAAUUUAAUACCAAAAAUUUAAACUUAUGGGACAUUUUUAUGGAUUAAAAUGAUAGUGAUUUGUA